AUGUACUCCAAAACGACUAAUUAUGGAUUAUGAGGAGCAAAGGGCGAAGUACAAAAACAAUGUUGCCGGAUACGAAACCCACCAAACUGAAGUCACUCCCAAACCUUAUCGACUUUUCUGAAAUUCUCGUUCCAAAACCAUACUUAAAGAACGCGUCAACAACAUCGCCUCAGCCCAUAAAAGACCCACAACAGUACCAUCAAACAUGUGAAAUGGGUCAUUCGCUUGACAGUGUCACAUACACCAAGCUGGUACAAUCCUCCGCCAGUUCGGGGUCUUUCAUCUCUGGCAAGCUUGCCCACGCUCACAUGAUCAAAACUGCUUUUAAGCUAUGCACAUUUCUACAAAAUAAUCUUAUGAACAUGUAUUGGAAAUGCGGUGACAUUGAUAGUGCUCGCCUGAUGUUUGAUCAGAUGCCUAAACGUAAUGUUGUUUCAUGGAAUUCUAUGAUUUCUGGGUACAAUCAGAUGGGUCUCCAUGAUAAGGCCAAAAAAUUGUUUAGUGAAGCAAGAAUGGCGAUAAAACUGGAUAAGUUCACGUAUGCCAGUAUGUUAAGUAUGUGCAGUCAAACAGGGGAUUUAGAAUUCGGGAAGAAGAUUCAUGGGUUGAUAGCUGUUGAUGGGUUAGGUGCACAAGUCUUUUUGACAAAUUCUUUUAUUGAUAUGUACUCAAAAUGUGGAUGGGUCGACCAAGCGAGGCUUGUGUUUGAUAAUUCUGAUGAGUUGGACUAUGUUUCCUGGAAUUCUUUGAUUGCAGGUUACGUUCAGAGUGGUCGCAAUAAUGAAAUGUUGCGAGUUUUGGUGAAAAUGCAUCGGUAUGGAAUGGCUUUUAAUAGCUAUGUUUUGGGGAGCGUUCUGAAGGCAUGUUGUUCAAACUUUGGUUGUUCCGUCGAAUGUGGAAAAAUGCUACAUGGGUGUGCAGUGAAACUUGGGUGGGAUAUGGAUGUUGUUGUUGGGACUGCAUUGCUUGACAUGUAUGCGAAAUCUGUUUUACAAUUGUCAGUAUCUUCAUCAAUUGUUGCUAUCAUUAUCAAUUGUUGUGAGGUGGCUGAAUUCGUGUUCGUGUCUCUAGUGCUUGAUCAUCAUCAGUUGUUGUGA